AUGUUCAACGCGCUUAACCGUUUCAUGUCCCGCCUCGACGGCGAGGACCCUCGGCAGAAGCAGCACGAGCAAGGGCUGUUCGGAUUCCAAGUGCUGCGGAACACAAACCUGCAGCUCGCGAUCGAGCCAUGGUUUGACUUCGUCGUGGGUAUCAAUGGGCGCAUGAUCGACGAUCCGAGCCCCGGCCUCUUUGCGCAAGAGGUCCGCAACUGCGCGGGAGGAAUGGUGUCGCUAGGUCUGUGGAGCGCAAAAGGCCAACGGACACGUACAAUUCACGUCCCAGUCCCGGUCGACGGCUCCUCCCUCGGGCUGGCCCUGCAGUGGACAUCGCUGAACGCCGUCGUCAACAUAUGGCACGUCCUCGACGUCCCCGCCAACUCCCCUGCUGAUCUUUCCGGCCUCCUGCCCUACAGCGACUACAUCCUCGGCUCACCAGAGGGGACUUUGCACGGCGAGAGUGGGCUGGGCGAGAUUGUCGAGGACCACAUUGGAAGGCCGCUGAGGCUAUACGUCUACAACAAUGAAUACGAUGUCACCAGGGAGGUCACGCUGCAGCCAAGCCGCGAAUGGGGCGGCGAAGGCGCGCUGGGCUGUGUCUUGGGCUACGGGGCACUACACCGUCUACCUGCGCCUUUGAGCGAGCCAGUGGACGCGCCGGGCGACACGAUGUUUGAGUUCUCAGAAAAGACACCACUUUAUGGCCAGGCGGCACCCGGAAGCGACACGGCAAACUUCUUCACGCCCGCCGAAGCUGAGCAACCCCCGGCCGGAGGUCCCCCGGUUGAAGGCGGUGAUUUCCUCGUCCCGGCUCAGAUGGCGAGCGCGCCGCCGCCAGCAGGAAACGCGCCUCCGCGAAGCCAGAAGAAAAAGGCGCACCGAGCCCCAGUCGGCGGGAUGGAUGACUACUUCAACGAACAGGAGGAGAAGAGCAGGGCGUUGGAUAGGCCAGAUUCGACGCGGACCAAGAGUCCCCUGGCUCCUCCGCCCAAGGCAGGGGGGCCACCCAAAGGAGGCCCGCCACCAGCAGACACGCCACAGGCGGAAGGGGAGGAAGGUGCGGCAGAUGCAUAG